GGAUUGCAGGGGAGCCAAACCCCAGCCAGUAAUUAUUUACACCCUUGAUCUGACCAUUUUUGCAAUCACCACUGUCGGAUGCAAUCGAAGAUCUGGUAGAUAAAUGAGACGUGGGGCGGAAUGAUACCCACAGCAGCCUAUCUUGGACUCUCUUGUUUCAGCUGCUUCCAAGUCUUCCAUCGACAGCAAUGUCUCAACCAUAGCUGCAACCUCAACCCUAAACCCUUGAAUUCCACUCAAUCCUCUCCUCAUCUUCGAAAACGAAAGACGACCCAGAUCGCAUAUUAUUGAAAUCUGGGAAUCCUUUUGGGGUGAAGGAGAAUUUCUCUCUGCAAACCACAUGGGUUCGGAUUCACUGUCCAUCUUGAACGCGACGAAGGCGACGCCAAUUCCAGUCCAAGAAGAAGACCCACCGAACCAAUCCACUGCUCUGCUCUCCUUCAACACUGAUUCUUCCUCUGGGCCUCCCCAGAAACCCACCACCACCAUCGUCUUCAUCUCCCUUCUCCUCAUCACCUGCAUUGCUCUAGCCGCCGCCGGCGCCUUCGCCUUUCUAUUCUUCUCCUCCCCCAGUUCCCAGACCCCCUCCACCGCCCACAUCGAGUCCACGGCACGGCCGUUAUCCAAGCUCCGUCAUCCGGUGGUUAUUCUGAUUUCGUCUGAUGGGUUUCGAUUCGGGUACCAGUUCAAGACCGCUACGCCCAACAUCGGCCGUUUGAUUGCGAACGGGACUGAGGCCGAGCACGGUCUGAUUCCGGUGUUCCCGACUUUAACUUUCCCGAAUCAUUACUCGAUUGUUACUGGUUUGUACCCGGCUUAUCAUGGAAUAAUCAACAAUAGGUUUGCGGAUCCGCACACUGGAGAGAUCUUCACUAUGGCGAGUCAUGAGCCCAAGUGGUGGUUGGGUGAACCAUUGUGGGAAACCGUGGUUAAUCAUGGGCUCAAGGCUGCUACCUAUUUCUGGCCUGGUUCUGAGGUAAAGAAGGGUUCCUGGAAUUGUCCUUUGAAAUUCUGUAGGAAUUAUAAUGGUUCAGUUCCAUUUGAGGAACGGGUUGAUACUGUUUUGGGGUAUUUUGAUCUUCCAAGUAGUGAAAUUCCUGUUUUUAUGACACUGUAUUUUGAGGACCCGGAUCAUCAAGGUCACCAGGUUGGACCUGAUGAUCCUGAAAUCACUGAUGCGGUUGCUAGAAUUGAUAGGAUGAUUGGACGGUUGAUUCAAGGUCUAGAAAAGAGAGGGGUGUUUGAUGAUGUUACUAUAAUUAUGGUGGGUGACCAUGGGAUGGUUGGUACUUGUGAUAAAAAGCUGAUCUUUCUCGACGAUUUGGCACCUUGGAUCGAAAUUCCAGGGGAUUGGGUUCAGUCGCAUACCCCUUUGCUUGCAAUCCGCCCACCCCCUGGGGUCUCUCCAUCAGAUGUUGUUGCGAAGAUGAAUGAAGGAUUGAAAUCAGGAAAAGUAGACAAUGGGAAGAAUUUGAGGGUGUUUCUUAAGGAGGAGCUGCCUAGUCGGCUCCAUUAUGUGGCAAGUGAUCGAAUUCCUCCAAUAAUUGGAUUGGUUGAAGAGGGGUUCAAGGUGGAGCAGAAGAGAUCGAAGAGGCAAGAAUGUGGAGGAGCACAUGGAUAUGACAAUGCAUUUUUCUCAAUGAGGACCAUCUUCAUUGGCCAUGGUCCAGAGUUCGCCAGGGGGCAGAAAAUCCCUUCUUUUGAGAAUGUGCAGAUAUAUAACUUGGUUACUUCAAUUCUCAAAAUACAGGGAGCUCCCAAUAAUGGGACACAAUCCUUUCCACAGUCUAUUCUUUUGUCUAGUCCCUAAAUUCCAACUUCCAGGCAUUUCCUGAGUGGUGCCAGCUGCUUGAGUAUGAACAUGAUGAAUCUAUUGCAAAGCCAUAUGCAGUCUACUCAAUUAUUUGUUUUCCAUUUAGUUGUGGAGACGACAAGACUUCGCAUAAAGGUAGCAGUGUUAGUUGUCUCACAAAUGCCAUGAAAUCAAUUAUUGAUCGUCCAUAGUUAUACUAAUAAUGGUAUCCCCUGUUUACCUGGGUCCAGCUUUUCAUUUAUCAUGAUCUCGCAUGUAAGAAUAGAUCCCAACCCAGGAUCAGAAUUGUGACUAUGUAAAAUGUUAUCAUGCUUUUCCUGACACAGAGACUGCAUGUGCGGUUAGAUAUUUGAAGUAUGGAUUAUCUCA